GGGUGAUUAAUAUGGGGCGGCCGCAGAUGGAGCGGAGCUAGCCGCCUGCCACGAUGAGCGGCUGGCUGGCGCGGGGCUCGCAGCGCGGCGAGGCGCUCAUGUCGCGCUUCCGCGGCUCCUCGCCGCUCAAGGACAAGGAGGUCGACGCUGGCGCGUGCUUCGAGAGCUUCCGCAUCCACUGGCAGCAGGCCUGGGACAUGAUGCAGGCCCACCAGACCGCUGAUGCCAUCACCACCGACGACGUCAACUGCGUGCUGAACCACGUGGACCAGGUGGUGACGCUGCUGCUGUGGGAUCUGAAGGCGGCCGACGAUGACGCCUCGGCGGCGCCCGCUCGCGGCCUGCGCAUCUUCGAUCUGUUCCUGAGCGAGUGCGUGCUGGAGCGGCUGCUGGCCUGGAGCCGGCGCUGCGGCGCGUUCGAGGAGCUGCUGCGGCUGGAGCAGCUGCGCAUCUACGAGACGCUGCUGCGCCAGAGCGCCGGCGCGCUGCUGGUGCAGCGGUCGGUGCUGCGGCCGCUGACGGAGCUGCUGCUGAGCUGCCGGCAGGCGGAGCCGGUGGAGCUGCACCGGCGGCUGGUGCUGGUGCUGGGCCAACUGUGCGCCGCGCUCCACCGGCAGCCGGGCCUGCUCGACCUCUUCCUCAGCCUGGAGCCGGACGGCACCGCCUCCAGCUUCGUCAUCUUCUCCAUGCUGGUGGACUUUGUGCACCGGGACGGCGUGAUCGGGCAGACGGACCGCGAGGCGCUGCUACUCUGUAUGCGGCUCUCCGGCGACAACGAGCAGCUGGCGCGCUACAUCGUGGAGCACUCCAACUUUUGUCCGGUGCUCGCUACCGGUCUGAGCGGGCUGUACUCGGUGCUGCCCCGCAAACUGCUGGUCAUCUCUGAGGACCGGUACCAGCUGCUCAGCUCCGACUCCAAGCAGGUGCCCGAGCUGCACAGCUUUGUCUGCUCCCUGGACUUCUGCAAUGCCGUCCUGCAGGUGUGUCACCCGCUGAUUGGGGAGCAGCUGCUCGACUACGUGUACCAGGGCUUCCUGGUGUCGGUGAUGGGGCCGGCGCUGCACCAGGAGGGCUCGGCGGGCGCCGCGGCCCACCCUGACCCGAACUCCGUGGAGGAGAUCAUCACGGCGACGGCGUACCUGGACCUGUUCCUGCGCAGCAUCGACCAGCCGGGCCUGGUGCGCACCUUCCUGCGCCUGAUCCUGGCGCACCGCUACGACGAGCGGCGCAUCAUCGACACACUCGUCCAGCGUAUCACUGCCACGUCCAAGCUGUGCGUGGUGACGCUCUCGCUGCUGCACACGUUGCUCGACCUCAACUGCGAGGAUGUCAUGCUGGAGCUGGUGUUCCGCCACCUGCUGCCCUGCACGCACGUCAUGGUGUCGCAGCGGCCCAAGGUGCGCGAGCCCGAGCUGUACGCCGACACGGCGCAGCGGCUGCUCUCGCUGGUGCCCGGCUGCUGCGCGCCGGCUCGUCCGUUCACGCUACAGUCGCACCUCAGCGGCUACUUCGAGUACACGGUGGACGCGCGCGCCGAGCCGGCCGACGAGACGGCCUCGAUCGGCGAGAGCAGCGGCUACCAGAGCUUCAACCCGCGCCUCUCGCCGUCGCCGCCGCCCGGCGAGCCGGAUGAUGCUCUGUUCUGGUCGCUGGUGCAGCGCGCCGCCACGCCGCCGGCGCUGCCCAGCCUGGAGGACAGUUGCGCCCGGCUGGACGAGGAGCGGCGGCAGCCCCCAGCGCCGCCGCCGCCGCCGCCGGCGCCGGCCGACCGGCUGCCCGAGCCGGAGGAGGCCCGCGAGCAGCCGCAGAGUCCGUCCGACAUGUUCGGCGUCACACCCAGCAUGGGACCGUUCCUGUGGCUGCUGCUGGAGCAGCUGGAGGAGGCGACGACGAACGGCUUCCAGCUGAACCUGCAGCUGAUGACGGUCAUCAGCCGCCUGAGCCAGUACCCACAGCCCCUGCUGCGCUCCUUCCUGCUGGACGACUCGAUAGUGCUGCAGCCGAGCGUGCGCUCGCUGGUGCAGACGCUGGGAUCGCUGAAACACCGAAUCGACACGGAGGCGGCGGCGCUGCCACACGUGGCCGGAGCUAGUGCGCUGGGCGCGCGGCCGGCUGGCGGCGCGCGAGGAGCAGCCGCCCUCGCCAUCAGCCAGUCUGGGCUCCACAUCCACCACCGGCGCCGCCUCCAAGGCCGAGCCGCGCCGGCUCAGUCUGAACUCGGUGGCCUCGAUGCUGCGUCGGUCGCUGGGCGGCGCCGGCGUCGGUUCGGAUCGGCCCUCGUCCACCUCACUGGAGCCCACCGCGGACGGCUCCGGGUUCAGUGGCUUCUGGAGCUGGCCGCCAUCGCACAGGAGCACGCCGUCGCCACCGACCGGCUGCUCUUCACCUUCUGA